AUGGACAGACCGUCAGCUCCAUUUACCCAAUUCGAAGUCUUCUAUUCAACACAGUCGUUCUUAACACUCAAAGACGUCCAACGUCUUCCCGAAGAAGAUGUCGACUUUCUAAGACACAACCGAUGCUUCCACCUUCCAUCGCGAAACGUCCAAGAAGAAUUCAUUUACCAAUAUUUCCUAUACCUACAUCCUUACUAUCCUCUCAUAAAUGAGAAAGACUUUUGGGAUAUGUAUCUCGACCGAGAUACUGAUGGCGCGACAAAGAAGACAAUGCCACUGCUUGUUUUCCAAGCCAUGCUAUUUUCGGCAUCUUCGUUUGUCUCUUCAGCUGUACUCAAGAAUGCAGGGUACACAAACGUCAAAGUCGCGAGGAGUAUCUUUUAUCGUCGGGCAAAGUUACUCUUUGAUCUCGGAGUGGAGACGGACGCCUUCACCAAAGCCCAAGCAGCUCUCCUUCUCACCUUUCAAUUCUCAUCCGUCGAACCACAUGCAGGAAGUACAUGGCUCGCAAUUGGCAUACAAAACGCGAUAGUCGCUCAAGCACACAAUUUCCAGGCUCCAGGCGCUAGUACUGAGCAUAAAAAGAAAAGAAAAAUGCUAUGGUGGUCGUUAUUCUGGAGAGACAGAGUAGUCACCCUGGGCUUACGCAAACCACUUCAGAUUACGUCUUCCAGCUUCAAUGUCAACAUUGAGCCUGUCACUGCAGAUGAUCUAGUAGACGAAUUGGACUGCUCUUCGGUUUACGAUCAUAGUACCAAGAAACAUUUGGCCGACAUACUCACGUUUCAAUGUCGCCUGGCUAUCAUCCUGACAGAGAUAUUGUCUAUCUGUUAUGGCCCCAACGCGUUCGACUUGACGUACUCUCUGGAUAACUUUGACAGGACUUUAGCGAGGAUUCGGACCGCUCAGAUGGAUCUGGAUAAUUGGAGAAAUGAGGCAGAGCAAACCGUGAAGCCAUUUCUGAGUAGGCCAGAUGUUCAUCGCUCAACGACACUAAUCUCUAGUGUGAUAUACAUAUAUGCCUAUGCUGCUCAGAUAGCCUUGGGGAACCACGAGGCGAUGAUGAUUGAGCAGCGACAAAAAGGCGUAUCAAUCCUCGAUGACUCUGUGUUAAGAGGCAUCGGCAAGAGCAUCAAUAGCGCGACAACAGAGACUACAAAAUUGGUCAGAUUCAUUGUCCAAGAAGGACUUACCCAGCAUCUACCAAUCUCAGCAAUCGCAUACAUCGCCUUCCCUCUGAUGCUAAGCUCUCUCGAUGAGAUAAUGUCACCUCGAGAUCGGGAAACAGACCACGAAGAGCUAUUAACGAGAUAUCAUGCUCAAGCCAUGCACUUGUGUAGUCAACGUUUUGAAGGUGCUGCGGACAUUAGUAGGAUGAUUACGCAAAUCGUUCAGUCAACGCCCGUUCAAUUACCGCUUCGCCCAAAAUCGACCAAGUCCGAAAGCCAGUCAAGACCCACAACAGAAGAGUCAAUGACGAUAAAGGGUCUCACGGCAUACUGGGAUGACUUGUUUGUCACGCGCAACUACAUGAAGCUUCGUCUGUCGCUCGAUUAUGCUCUCAUUACUGGUAGACCACCCAGCUCUACCGAUAUUCCCUCUUGGCUUCUUCGGGACUCCGCGAUCAAGUUCUCAGCAGUUAGCCCAAUAAAUAGCCUUUCUGCUAUCACACUGCACCGGCCACGCAAGCGAAGGGCAUCUGAAGGUGUCACUGGUUCACCAAAAGUGAUGGAACUUGGCGAAAAGACAAUUGCCUCUGGGAUAGACACAUGUAGUGAUGGAACACCACAAUACCACGUCGCACGGGCAGAAGAAAGAUGUACAAUUUCGCGACCAUUCUUCGACUACGACACAAUUUGGGCAGCGAGCCUGUUUGAAGAGAUAGCGGAUGAGAUCUGGUCAUGA